GUUUCCGAAUGAACCGCAAUAUACAUACAUACAUACAUACAUACAUCUCUCUCUCUCUCUCUCUCUCUCUCUCUAAAACAACAACAGCAGCAACAACACCACCGCCACCUUUCUCUCUCUAAAACAGCACCGCCACCAUUUCUCGUCUACCUUGCUCUUCUGUGUCUAUAUUUAUACGAACAACGCCAUGAAAAAGAAGAAACGAGACACUGGUGCUUUCUUCGUCGGAAUGCAAAUCCUCCAUGGAAUACUGUCCCGUCGCAGCCGCCGCCUCGACCACCUCCUCCCCCUCAUCUCCGCCGUCGCCGCCGUCCUUCUCUUCCUCCUUGUCCUUCUCUCAUUUCUCUCUCCUCCGAUCACCAAUCAUAACUCGUCCAUCAAUGGAGUUCACGUUCGAUCGGAUGUGGACGGAGUGACAGCCUUUCGUGUACCGUCGAGUGGAGGGAGUUUAGGCCAUGACUUAUGGAGUUCGACGCAAUCGAAAUUCUUCUAUGGUUGCAGUAAUGCCAGCAAUAAAUUUCUGACUGCUGACGCUAAAACUCAUGAAAAUCGAUACUUGUUGAUUGCAACCAGUGGAGGCUUAAAUCAACAAAGAACAGGGAUAACAGAUGCAGUUGUUGCAGCCUAUAUAUUAAAUGCCACACUUGUUGUUCCAAAGCUGGACCAGAAAUCGUUCUGGAAGGACACUAGCAACUUUUCUGAAAUCUUUGACGUUGAUUGGUUUAUAUUGCAUCUUUCAAAAGAUGUUAAAAUCAUUAAACAGCUUCCGACAAAGGGAGGGAAGGUUAUUAAUCCACACAGCAUGCGUGUUCCAAGGAAGUGCAAUCCAAGAUGCUAUGUAAUCCGAGUAUUACCUGUUCUUAAUAAAAAGCAUGCUGUCCAGCUCGGUAAGUUUGAUUACAGGCUUUCAAAUCGGUUGGCCACAGAUCUACAGAAGCUGAGAUGUAGGGUUAACUACCAUGCUUUGCAGUUUACCAGUACGAUUCAUGAAAUGGGUGAAAAAUUGGUUGAUAGGAUGAGAAUGAAAAGCAAUCAUUUUAUUGCCCUGCACUUGAGGUUUGAACCUGAUAUGCUUGCGUUCUCUGGAUGCUAUUAUGGUGGCGGAGAAAAGGAAAUAAGAGAACUAGGUGCAAUACGGAAGAGGUGGAAAACUAUACAUAAAAGGAACCCUGACAAGGAACGAAGGCAAGGAAGAUGCCCACUAACUCCUGAGGAAGUUGGUCUCAUGCUGAGAGCACUUGGUUUUGGCAAGGAUGUUCACAUUUAUGUGGCGUCUGGUGAAGUAUAUGGAGGUGAAGAGACAUUAGCUCCUCUCAGAGCCCUCUUUCCAAAUUUUCAUUCAAAAGACACUAUCGCGAGCAAGGAAGAGUUGGCUCCAUUUUCUUCUUUUUCCUCUCGCUUGGCUGCACUAGACUUUAUUGUUUGUGAUGAGAGCGAUGUUUUUGUCACGAACAAUAAUGGUAACAUGGCUAGAAUAUUAGCUGGAAGAAGGAGAUACUUUGGGCACAAACCAACAAUCCGUCCAAAUGCUAAAAAACUUUCUCGAUUGUUCAUGAGCCGAGAUAACAUGACAUGGGAAGAGUUUGCCUCAAGAAUUCGUACUAAUCAGAUUGGCUUCAUGGGAGAGCCAAAUGAGGUAAGGCCAGGCAGGGGUGAGUUCCAUGAAAAUCCUUCUUCCUGCAUAUGUGAAAAAUCUGAUGCCAAGGCAAGGGGAAAUUUAGGUUCUAAAAGUCAUGCCAAUAUCAGUCAUGAAAUUGUUAUGGAAAAUAGUACAAGGAGGGAUACUGGUGAAACCACUGAUGAGCAAUUGGCAGAGGACGAGCAGGAUUGGUCUGAUACAGAUGAUGCAGAGAAUGAAAAUGGGCUUCAAGGGAAAAGGUUGCCUAAUAUAACAGAUCAAGAUCCUGGUCUGCUUCUGAAACCCGAGCAACCAGAGCUGGAAGAGAUGUUUUCAGACUAAUGUCUGAUUAGAGCUACUGGUGCUCCUGGUGAGAAACAGAGUUAUAGGCAUACCUAAUGCAUUUCUUCAUCAAAUUCUUUGGGUUCUUUGCUUUACCUUAAUGAUGCCUUUCCUGAACUUAAGCAGCAGUGACAGCAGAAAGAAUGUUGUAAAUAACUGACGGGCAGCUCGUGGCAAGAUAUGAGUUGCAGUAUUCAUAUUUUGGAGAGUAUGUACAUGAAGAGGCAAUAGGAACAUUUGUGGCUGAAGAUGACAUCUUUUUCUUUGAUUCUUUAGCAUAAAAAUUUGUGGCAAGGGUAGGUAUAUGGGAGGAGGAUGGAAUUCUGUGUACAGACAUUGUUUUGUUAUUUGAUUGUCUUCUUUUUUUGGGUUUUUGAUUGUCUUCUUAAAAGUACAGGUAUAAAUAUCAAAUAUUUGAUUGUUUGAGAAAUAUUUUUGUAUUAUUGUAAAAAAUUGCAUGGCAGGGAUAGAAAAACAAAGUGUGUGCUUUUUCUCUCUA